AGACUCAGAGUUCACCAGACAGACAACCUGUUUUCAUGGUUAAGGCACAUUAAUCUUCAGCUUGAAUAUUUAACACCUUGAUGGGAAAGGUGUCUCGUGGCAUGUUUUCUCACCCAUUCAACAUUCUAUUUCAGAAGCUUUGCUUCUGCUGCAACCAAACAUGUCGCUUACUGUUCUGAGUAAAAAGGAGAAAGAAAGAGUAAUCCGCAGAUUGUUGAUACAGGCUCCUCCUGGAGAAUUUGUCAAUGCCUUUGACGAUCUCUGCCUGCUUAUUCGUGAUGAAAAACUUAUGCACCAUCAAGGUGAGUGUGCAGGACACCAACACUGUCAAAAAUACUCUGUACCACUCUGCCUCGAUGGAAAUCCAGUACUACUGUCUCAUCACAAUGUAGUUGGUGAUUACCGAUUUUUUGACCACCAAAGCAAACUUUCUUUCAAAUUUGACCUACUCCAAAACCAGCUGAGAGACAUCCAAAGUCAUGGUAUCAUUCGGAAUGAGACAGAAUACUUGAGAGCUGUUGUUCUGUGUGCCUUAAAAUUGUACGUGAAUGACCACUAUCCAACAGGAAACUGCAAUGUUCUGAGAAAAACUGUGAAAAACAAGGAGUUCUUGAUAGCUUGCAUUGAAGAUCACAACUAUGAAUCAAGAGAUAACUGGAAUGGUCUUUGGAAAUCUAAAUGGAUUUUCCAAGUGAAUCCAUUUUUAACUCAAGUAACAGGAAGAAUUUUUGUGCAAGCUCACUUCUUCAAGUUUGUCAAUCUUCAUAUUGAAAUCUCAAAGGACUUGAAAGAAAGCUUGGAAAUAGUUAACCAAGCUCAGCUGGCUCUACAUUUUGCAAGGCUUGUAGAAGAGCAAGAGAACAAAUUUCAAGUUGCAGUCUUAGAAGAACUACAGGAGUUAUCAAAUGAAGCCUUGAGAAAAAUUCUACGCAGAGAUCUGCCAGUGACCCGCACUCUUAUUGAUUGGCAGAGGAUACUGUCUGACUUGAAUCUGGUGAUGUAUCCUAAGUUAGGAUAUGUCAUCUAUUCAAGAAGUGUGUUAUGCAACUGGAUAAUAUAAAGGAUUGCUCCUAGUAGCUGCA